AAAGAAAAAAAUGGAAAGGAAAACUGAAAAAGGAAAGCUGAAAAGAAAUGAAUUCAAAUAAGAACAUGAACAUAGGAGAGUCAAAGUCCAAAAGUGUAUUAUGUGAAAAGGACCCAACAAGAAACACAAAAAAAAUAAAUAAGAGCACGAGAUAGUGAAAAUGGAGCAGUAUGAGAUUCUAGAACAGAUUGGAAGAGGCUCCUUCGCUUCUGCUUUGCUAGUCAGACACAAACACGAAAACAAGAAGUAUGUCCUUAAGAAGAUUCGGCUUGCUCGCCAGACUGAUAGAAUCCGUAGAUCUGCUCACCAGGAGAUGGAGCUAAUCUCUAAAGUUCGAAAUCCAUUUAUCGUGGAGUAUAAAGAUUCCUGGGUUGAAAAGGGUUGUUUUGUAUGUAUCGUCAUUGGCUAUUGUGAAGGAGGAGAUAUGACGGAAGCUAUUAAAAAGGCCAAUGGCGUUCUUUUUCCUGAAGAGAGGCUCUGUAAGUGGCUGGUUCAACUGCUGAUGGCACUUGAUUACUUGCAUGCAAAUCACAUUCUUCAUCGUGAUGUCAAGUGUUCAAAUAUAUUCUUGACAAAAGAUCAAGAUAUACGUCUAGGUGACUUUGGUCUUGCUAAAAUGUUGACAUGUGAUGAUCUUGCUUCCUCGGUUGUGGGAACUCCGAGUUAUAUGUGCCCAGAGCUUCUUGCUGAUAUACCCUAUGGCUCUAAGUCAGAUAUCUGGUCUUUGGGAUGCUGUGUGUAUGAAAUGGCUGCUCACAAGCCAGCUUUUAAAGCUCUUGAUAUGCAAGCUUUGAUCAACAAAAUAAACAAAUCUUUAGUGGCUCCACUACCAACAGUGUAUUCUGGUUCUUUUCGAGGGCUUGUUAAGAGUAUGCUGCGGAAAAAUCCAGAGCUUAGGCCAAGUGCUGCAGAGUUACUAAAUCAUCCGCAUCUUCAACCUUACAUUCUUAAAAUUCACUUGAAAUUAAAUAACCCCAGAAGAAGUACUUAUCCAUUCCGAUGGUCUGACUCAAACUACAUAAGGAGGACUCAGUUUGUAGAGCCAGAAUCUGUUUCUACUCUUUCUGACAGAGAUAAACGAUUGUCAUUCAGCAAUGACAGGGCCUUGAAUCCUAGUAUUUCUGGAACUGAACUGGGUUCUCUGUGUUCUACUCAAAGAGCACUGGGGUUCUCUACUUGUUCAAAAGAGAAGUACUAUGAACUAUCUGUUGGCUGUGUCCCUGAUAGGGUGCCGAGAUUGAGAGCAGGUAAGGAAUAUGCCACCCCCCAACGGCAGACAAUAUCAUCAAAGAUAUCCCACACUGGUUUCAAGCGUGAGUUACUUCCAGCAUCGUCCACUCCAGGUGGUAAACUUACCCCAUCAACUCGCAGAGCUUCCCUUCCGCUGCCUACCAGAGCCAUGGGCACGAUCACCCCUUAUAGAGCUAAUGUUGGUCUUCUUCGAGGUGUGGACUCUCCUGACAUUUCUGUUAAUGCACCACGAAUUGACAAGAUUGCUGAAUUCCCCCUGACCUCUUGCGAGGAUUCUCUCUUCCCUGUCCGUGGAACUUCAUCAACCUCGGCUCAGUGCUCUUCUGGUUCCCCAAAGAGCGCUGAUCGCUCAAUUAUGAAGGACAAGUGUACAAUCGAAGUUGUGGACAAAACCAGUGUCCCUUCUGGUGGCAGUGAAGCCUGUCCUACUGCUCCAGUUUCACAUAUCAAGGAAUUCUCCGAACAUGCUGUUUCAAGCCACUCCUCGGCCGAGUCCCACCAGCGCAGGUUUGAUACCUCAUCUUACCAGCAACGUGCGGAGGCAUUGGAGGGUUUGCUUGAGUUCUCUGCACGGCUCCUACAGCAACAGAGAUUUGAUGAACUUGGGGUGUUGCUGAAGCCAUUCGGUCCCGAGAAGGUUUCCCCGAGGGAAACAGCUAUUUGGUUGGCUAAGAGCUUCAAGGAAACUGCGGUCUAAAAGGUUUCACUUUCCUGAUGCAGUUUUAGAUCGUUAACAACGAUGUAUAUUUAUGUAUUACUAUGUAAUUUGAUAUGUAGCUUAGCUUCUAAUCUUAUUGUUCUAGUUGACAUCAUUAGCAUUGUCUGACAUGCUGCACUCCGCAGCACUUGCACAAGUAGUUUGAAGUUAAUUUUCUCACUAGUAGGUCAAAACAAAAAGGGUGUUAUUGAAGAGUCUGCCCAAGUUCAGUGCACAGCUCCUACAACAGCAGAAAUUUGAAGAGCCAUGGGUGUUGAAGCCAUUCGGGCCUGAAAUUUCUCCGAGGGAAACAACUUGUUGACUAAGGUUCAAAGAAACUGUUGUCUUAGGAUUUCUGACGCACUUAUGAUCAUUAACAACAGUGUAACUUAAUGUAGAACUAUAUAUGUCGUUAUAAUUCUAAGAGUAGCUUAGCUUCUUUAA